AGAGGAGGAGGAGGAGUGCAUGGAGGACUUCAGGCGGUGACAGAGCGAAGAGGACUCGGACAGGGUGUGCAGCCAUGGAGAUGAUAAUGAUAUCAGGAUGUAUUCUGGUUCUCCCAGUCUUCGCGUUCAUCUACUCCUUCAUGUUCUGGCCUGGAUCCCUCCUUAAAGCUUACAACUGGUACAUGCGCCGCAGGCUGGGGCUGGUGAUCCGGUACUGUAAGAGCGGAAGUUACCGCUUCUGUUACAGCAGCCGCGGGACGCCGGGGGGGGCCACGCCGUCCCUGCUGCUGUUGCACGGCUUCUCCGCCUCCAAGGACAUGUGGCUGCCCAUCGUCAAGCAUCUCCCCAGAGGCCUGCAUGUGGUGUGUGUGGACAUGCCCGGACACGAGGGGACAACUCGCACCGGGGCCCAGGAUUACUGCAUUCAAGGCCAGGUCGCCAGAAUCCACCAGUUUGUGAAGAGUAUUGGUUUGGACAAAAGACCCUUCCACCUGGUGGGGACGUCGAUGGGGGGGAACGUCGCUGGAGUGUACGCUGCCCAUCACCCUGCUCACCUGUCCGGCGUCACCCUGAUGUGUCCGGCAGGUCUGGUUUUUCCCACAGAGUCUGAGUUCAUCGUUCGCCUGAGGGAGAUGGAGAAGACUCCGCAGCAGGGGUCCAUCCCUCUGAUCCCCACUACUACUCAGGAGCUGGAGUCCAUGUUGAAGCUCUGCUGCUUCACCCCCAUCAGCCUCCCCAAGCAGCUCCUGCGAGGUCUCCUUGACAACAGGUUGCCCAACAAUGAUUUCUACAAAGAAGUGUUCAUGGAGAUCGUCGGGGAGAAGUCUCGUCACUCGCUGCAGGAAAGCUUGCACCUGAUCACAUCCCCGGUGCAGGUGAUCUGGGGGAAGGAGGAUCAGGUGGUGGACGUGUCGGGGGCAGCGGUGCUGCAGGCGGCGCUGCCAAACUGUCGGGUGGAGUUGAUAGAAAACUGUGGUCACUCUGUGGCGUUGGAGCGGCCCAGGAAAUCUGCCAAUCUCGUCAUGGACUUCCUGUCUAAGAAGGAAGUCAAUGGUGGAAACGCUAAGAAACUUUCCUGAAGCAAACUUUAUAACCCUAUGACUUCAGAAUGGACGAUGAAGGCUGUGAAUUUGGUUUGAUGCUCUUUUGUAGUUUGGUAUAAGAGUUUGGCUAUGACAGAGUUUAUAUCUGUAACAUUUUAAUAUUCCAAAUAUUCCUGACGUUUUUAGACACGCAGCACCAAGCAGGAAGCUGUAGUCUCUAUUUUAGAUAAGUGUUGAAAGAAAACAUUCUGCUUCGGGAUUUUGCACAUUUCUCUUUCAGAAACCAUGUUUCUCAGUGUCUUGUUUCAUGUGAAAAUACGUUUUUUUUUGUGCGUGCUGCAUAAUUUAACCUCAUGAAAAUCAUUCUUUUGGAAAUCACAAUAAAAUUGCACUGAAAGUGAAUCGAGUUUGAUAGAUGAGGUGAUGGAGGGAUGCCAGCUCAUGUACAAAUAGAUUGGGAAUACAGAAAUAAAUAUUCUGCUGGAAAAAUA